AUGGAUGCUUUCUCGGCCUCAUGUGAAUUUUUAACUAUCCCCAAAUGCCUGGCUAAAGUGGCUCGCCCUCAGACUUCCCCAAACUCUUGUGCUUUGGCUGUAUGGCAACCUCCAAAGCAGGGAACUUUCAAGGUUAAUACAUAUGCCUCCUGGUGUAAAGAUACGUCUUCAUGUGGUAUUGCAGCUCUUGCUAGAAAUGAUCUGGGUGUAUUGAUUGCUGGUACAUAUGAACGUUCUUAUGCAGACUCUUCUCUUGCGGCUGAAGCCCUUGCUUUGGAGCUUGGACUUAAGUUGGCUUCCUCCUCCCAUCUCUCUCAGGUUUGUUUGGAAUCAGACUCUCUUGUUCUCAUCAAUAAUAUUCUAAACCCCACCUUGGCAGUUGACUGGUCAGCAUCUCAGAUUCUCUCUCGAAUCUGGUCGCAUGCUCGAUUUUUUAACCGUAUAAACUGGGCUUGGACCAGUAGAAAUGUCAAUCAAGCAGCAGAUCACAUUGUUGGUUUGGCAGAGCGCGGGGUGCGCAUGGAUGAUUGGAUUGCUAAUCCUCCUCCCUCCCUCUUGCGUAUUCUUAUCUAUGAUGCUGCUGGCCCUCCUUGGUGA